GUGGUGGGCAGUACCUAUCACCUCUCAAUAUUGCUGGUACCACUAUCAUACAGGAAGCCCUACCGGCUGCAUCUGAUGCUGCUGGCUGUCUGGAAAGCCAGCUGCUGUCUGAAGCGUGGUGUUGAGGACAGCUGGCUGUCCCUUUCACUAGCUGAGUGUCACAAAUAAGGCACCGUGUCCUGGUGCCCCAGCCAAGGGCACCAUCGUUCCCAGACUCCAAGCAUUCAUGAUGCCUUCUGGGAAGUCUCUGAAUGUGGUCCAGCGAGAGAGCUUCUUCGAUGACACCUUCUUCAAAGAGAACUGGGAAGACUUCGACCGUGCAGUUCAGUCAAUCUUGGACAAGUUUGAUAACAGAGGACUCAAGGUUGAUCAGGGAUCCAGAACCGAGUGCCGGGAUGUGUACAGCAAGAUCCGUACUAGCAAGAUUGACGAGGACCUGUAUGCUUCACAGGCUCUCCAGAUCACAGAAAAGGAUGGUAAAUUCCAGGCUGUGAUGGACGUGAAGGAUUUUAAUCCUAGGGAGCUGCAGGUGCGAGCUGUAGAUGAUCGAAUUGUGGUAGAAGGAUCCUAUCAGAAGGUCUCGGAGGAUGGUGCUUCGUCAUCAUCGAAAUCAUUUUAUAAGGAGUUCACACUGCCUCCAGCUGCUGAUAUUGAUCUGGUCACUACUGCACUCUCAAAGGAUGGGGUUCUCACUAUCAAGGCACCAAAGAAGGAGGGUGCCCCAGUGAGUGAGGUCCCCAAGAUAAGUAGCAGCAGCACCUCAUCCUCCAGUGUCCAGAAGUCAUCCUUCAGUGAUGGAGGGUCCACCUCGUCCUUCAAAAGCUCCUCCUCAAAGACUGUUAUUCAGUCCUCAUCCAGUUUUGAGAGUUCCUCUAAUGAUGGCCUUGAAGGCUUGCCAAAGGAGAUGAGGGAGAAGUUGAUGUUCAGUGACUCGGGAUUUGGUUCGCUGAAGACCAGCACGUGCUCCUCACCGGCACCCAGUGAAGCUGGAUCGGAAUCAUCUCGAGUUUCAUCUACCAUGGAGUUUGAUUUGGGGAAAAGAGCUCCCAUGCGCACAGAAGUGGCUUUUAAUGUUACAAGUCCUAGCCAGCCCACACCCCAGCCUGUAUUUCAACAGACAUCUCAGCCAAUGCAUCAACAAGGUCCUUAUCCUCAACCACAGUCACCACUCCAAUCCCAGUUCCAGUCACCCCAACCCCAGUUCCAGUCUCCACAGCCCCAGUUCCAGUCUCCACAGCCCCAGUUCCAGUCUCCACCACAGCCCCAGUUCCAGCCUUCACCACAACCCCAGUUCACACCACCAUCCAAACCAAAAUUCCAACCCCCACAACCCCAGUUCCAACCCACACCACAAUCCCAGUUCACACCACCCCAACCUCAAUUUCAGCCUCUGUUCCAGCAGUCACCACUCUUCAUGCCCCAAGAACCUCUUAAGCAAGUGUUUGAGCAGUUCCCUCAGGCUGGUGCUCCAGGUCUCCAACAAAUGGCCAAGGCUCCGCAGGUUCCACCUCCUGCUGCACAGGUUGUAGGAUCGGGAAAUCAAUCUAACAUAAGUGUUACAGAGGAGAACGGCCGACGUAUUCUCACCUCCCAGACCUCCAAUGUUGUGAAAGAGAAGGAUGGCUUUAUGGAGCACAAAGAAACUGCAGCUGAGAUUACUGAUAAAGAAAGUCAGGCUGCCAGGAGAGAAGCAACUACCAAGAUAUUGCACGAGGAAGAGGACCCAGAAGGAAAAUUCAAGCGUUCAGAGGCAGCUGAUGCGGCCGAAGUGAGUGAAUCUUGUAUACAACAUAUGCCUGAUGGCUCUGUGAUGUCUGUCAAGAAAAGCUCAUCUAGCACAUCUUCCCUCAAGAAGUCUUUUUCCUCUACAACUGGGGAUGCAGGUCCAUUUUUCCAAAGUCCAGAGUUUCCUCCUGGAUUUGGUGACCUGAAAAACCUUAUGAAUCGUGGGCAAUCCCUAAUGUCUCAGAUGUCUACAGACUCCAUGGCUUCUACUUUAUCUGGAAGGUCUGGAUUCACAGAUAUGUCUAAUUUCUCUCAUUUCAGUGAUCCUUCUUCACAAUAUUCUGGUAUGUCAAACUUUAGCAAUAUGUCCAAUUUUUCUGAUAUGUCUCGGAUGUCCUCAAGGCUGCCAAACCAGAAUGUCCCAAACACUGGCAAUAUGGCUCAAGACUUCAACUCGAGAAUUAACAAGUCUUUCUCCUCAUCUUCCAGUUCUUUUAAUAAAUCUUCAUUCUCAUCUAACUUCGGUGAUAAUUUUUAA